AUGAAAUUAAUAGAAUUUUCAAAUCAAGUAGCUGCUCUUACGGUUGAAGAAACCAAACUUAAAAGUCUUCAUCGACGUUUGGAAAUGCGUAUAAAACGAUUUUUACAUCGUACACGUAAUUCAAUUCUCAUACAAGAAAAACUACUCAAUAUAGAAAAACGUUCAAAAAAAGAAUUACUUAUACGUAAAAAUUUAAUUACUCAUGAAAAACCAACAAAAGAAUAUCAAAAGUUAUGGAAUAAUGUCAAACAGAUUGAAGAAGAUAAUAUAAAUCUUGAAAAAAAUAUUCGUUCUCUUUGUAAUAAGAUAAAACAAUUUGAAAAAGAUUCAGAACAAAAUAGAAAAACACAUAAUAAUCAAUAUGAUAUUGGACAAAAUAAUAAUAAAGCAAAAUUAAUACAAGCAGAAAAUCAAUUACAUCGUAUGAACCUUGAAUUAAGCAAAAUUUGUGCAAAUAAUGCUGAAUUACGCACUGAUAUUAAACGUAUGUUAGAUAAACGUCGUGAAAUGAUUGAAGAAUAUAAUCUACUUCGUAUUGCGAUGCAAAAUGCAACUGAUGAAUCUCGUCGAUUGACAUCUGAAUGUUCAGAAAGUUUUGCAAAUCGACGAAAUUUGGUUGCACGUAUGCGAGCUAUUCGUAAGCAACAUGAACGUGAUGAAAAGAAACUAUUAGAUGAUAUUCGUGAACUUGAUCGAUUAUCAGAAAGUAAUCAUGCAUCAAAAAAUUUUAUUUUAAAAAAAUCCAAUAUACGACAAGAACAAAUUCGAUUAAAUGAACUUUUUGCUGGAAAACGUUCGAAAGGAGUAAAAAGUGCAUAUACAGCCGAUGAAUUUCGUCAUUUAUUUCGUAUCGGUUUUGAUCAAGAUUUUUUUAAAGAAAAAGCACUUAAUCGAGCUGUUGAAACAUUUCUUGAUGAACAAGAACAAGUAUUUACACUUUUUGAAUAUGCUGUUGAAUUAAUCAAUGAGCUUGAUCGUCUUCACGAAGAUCUUGAUAACAAACGAAAAUAUAUUUCAAAUAUUUUCUCGAAUGAUAAUAUCGAUUCAUUUGUUAUCAAAGAUAUAUUUGCAACACUGGAAUAUUCUGUAAAUAAAGCUAAUAUGAAUGUUCAAUCACUUAGAACAGCUAAAAGAAAUCUUCGCGAAGUAUUAGAUACUGCUUAUCAAUUAAUUUAUAAUUUAUUUCUUGAACUUAAUUGUGAUCGAAAUAUUAUUUUAUCAUUUGAUGAAUUAAUUAAUGAUCGAAAUAUUAUUGUUUAUUUAGCUACUAUUGAAAGUCGUGUUCAACAAUUAUUAUUUACAACAAAAAUAAAUCGAAAAGGUGGAGGAACUAAUGGUUAUACAGAUGAUACAACAAUAAGUUGGCGAAUAGAUCAUAGAGAUAUUGAUCAACCUUAUAAUUAA